AUGCCGCCAGCUCUCUCGACCUCGACAACGCUAAAGCGCAUCCACCGCGAGAUCGCCGACCUCAAGAAGGAAGAUCUCGGCGCUAUAACGCUCGCUCCCGCGGGCGACAACCUGUUCCACUGGACGGCUACGCUCCCGGGACCAGAGGGCAGCUGCUAUGAGGGGGGAGUCUUUCAGAUCGAAAUACACCUGGCCCCAGACUAUCCAUUCUCCGCUCCGAAGGUCACGUUCCGCACGCGAAUAUAUCAUGUGAACAUCAACGAUAGAGGGAACAUCUGCAUCGACAUCCUCAAGCACAACUGGUCUCCUGCGCUGUCCCUCUUCAAAGUCAUUCUCUCGCUAUCGUCGCUCCUCACAGACCCCAACCCCAAAGAUCCUCUAGUCCCAUCAAUAGCCACCCAGUACCUGCGCAAUCGCAGCCAAUACGACCACACGGCGCGCCAGUGGACAGAGCUCUACGCCCGCCCGCCACCGCCUGCCGCCGCGUCCCCAUCUGCCGCGAAAGGCAAAGGGCGCGCCGCGGACAUCGCUCCAACACCUGCGGCUGCUGCUCGCCGUCCCGCCUCGAGCGCCGGCACCACGCAAACGCAGGCCAUCAGCAUAGACGACUCGGAAGACGAGGGGGCGCGCGGCGCGGCGCGGACCCGUGCGGCCACCAAGCGCAAACGAGGCCAGGCAGACCCUGGUGACGUUCUGGUGAUAGACGACGAAGCACCCGAGCGGCCUACCCGGAGACGGCGCGGUGGUGGCGCCUCGAAAGAGUCUGCAGCAAGCCGCCUAACAAGAGCAGACAGCGACGUGAUUGUGAUCGAAGACUAGUCCGAUGUGUAUGUACACUGCCUUCCUAUCCCC